GACGACUGUCUGAUUGUGACUGUAAAACGUGUUUUGUCAUAACUAUAUUUUUCAUUUUAUUAUUUAUUUACUAGAUUAUUAUUUAAAAAUGUCUUUGGAUCCGUUGGAUGACCUAACUAACAAACUCUCCAACACUAAAGUUACUGGAGAAGGUGUCAGUUUUGUUGGGAAAUCUUUAAAGCUUAACAACGCUGACGAUGCCAAAGUCGUGACUGAUGCCAUUGCAGCUUGUCAAAAUUUAGAAUACUUAAAUCUAGAAGGUAAUACUCUUGGAGUGGAUGCAGCAAAAGCAAUCGGAACAGCUCUUGGGACUCAUCCGGAAUUGAAACGGGCAUUAUGGAAGGAUAUGUUCACUGGUCGAAUGAAAGAUGAAAUACCUCAAGCUUUGCGAUACCUGGGUAGUGGGCUGGAUAUGGCCAAUGUUCGGCUAGUAGAGUUGGACCUCAGUGACAAUGCUUUUGGCCCCAUUGGAAUGGAGGGGUUGGCAUCACUACUGCGCAGCUCUUCCUGCCACUCCCUCCAAGAGUUACGACUCAAUAACAACGGACUUGGAAUCACAGGAGCUAAGUUGCUGUCCAAAGCACUCAUGGAUUGUUACGAGAGCAGCAAAGCCGAAGGGAAGCCUCUCCCUUUGAGGGUUUUUAUUGCUGGAAGAAAUCGGCUUGAAAAUGAAGGUGUGACUGCUUUAGCCAAAGUUUUCAAGGUGAUCGGGACUCUAGAGGAGAUACAGAUCCCGCAGAAUGGCAUUUACCACGUGGGCAUACGAGAGCUGAGCGAGGCCCUCAAGAGCAAUCCAGGGCUGCAAGUGUUGAACCUCAACGACAACACGCUCGGCCCCAAGGGCGCUACGGCACUUGCAUCAGCACUGUCCAGUCUGCAACUGCUGAGGGACAUAAAUCUGGGCGACUGUCUGCUGAAGACUGCCGGUGCACUCAGCAUUGCUGACGGACUGCGGGAGAAACACGCCAACUUGGUGGAGCUUAAGUUGGAUCACAAUGAAAUCAAAAAGGACGGUGGUUUAGCAAUAGCAAAAGCAAUGGAAAACAAGACAAAACUUAAAGUUCUAAAUCUGAACGGCAACCAGUUUGGAGAGACAGGUGUCUUUGCAAUCAAGGAUCAAGUCAGAAAAAACAAAAAACCCGAUGUUUUGGAUAGCUUUAGUGAAGACGAAGAUGAAGAUGAAGAGGAAGAAGAAGACAAUGAGAAUUCUGAUGAGGAGGAAGAAGAAGAAAAUGAAGAAGAUAGUUAUGUAGAAGAAAACCAAAAAGAACAAAACAACAAAAGCGAAAAAGAACUUACAAACGGUAUCAAAAAGGAGCUGACAAGCCAAAGUAGUCUAUCAUCAGUUGAGACAGAGAUGUUGAAUUUGUUGAAAAAUGUCACGGCAGCUGAUUUCCUUCAAAGUCCAAGCCCGGUGAUGUUUUUAGCUCUUAGAGCCAACAAAUCGCAACAGAUUAUGGAUGAAAUCCAGGUCGGGACAGUGGACGGAUACCUGGAAAGGUUCGUGGGUGCUGUGAUGAAGGUGUCAAGUCUGUGUACGGAGCCUACAGUGGCGGAGGAGGCAGGUCUGGUGUGUAACACACUGUACAAGGAACUGUUCAGCUGGGCUCAGGCUCACAACCAGCUGUCUCUGGUCAACAACAGUCUGCUGGUUCAUGUAGGACUGCUCAAGGGUGAAGACAAAAAGUGGAGGGCCAGCUACAAUCUGACAGCUUGCAGAAUAGCUUUAGACUCUGCAAUGAGUCAAAACUAUUUCCCUCAAGAAUCUAAAGACACCAUUCGGUAUUUCUUGGAGAAAAAGCCGCAAGUCAUCGUCAACAAGACAUUAUUGUGACCUUCGCUGUGGUAGACUGUGAUUUGUACAUUUUAAGGGUCAGUUUUACUUUCUUAAACUUCUGUGUAAUACUGAAUACAGGGAAUAUAGUAAAAGGAUGUAGCCUGGUCCAAUUUAUGAAUUAACAAGCUUUUAACUUAUUUUACAAUUUUUCCACUGAUCAAGUGUAAAUCUGAUUACCUGUGAAAAUAUUCUGUUCCUUAAUUAUUGUUAAGAUUAAUUGAUUUGGCAACUACUGUCUCUAUUCAGAUCUCAUAUGUUAUUUUAGAUAGUGUAAGUUGUGCUCUCUUGAGGUUUUCUUGUAACUUGACAAAAUUAACUUUCACAUUUUUUUUCCAAAUGCUGCAAUUUGUUAACAAGUAUCAACUCAACUCACAUUGUGUUUUCGUUUAAUCAAAUUGCUUUUUAUUGUUAAAUGACAGUGGUUAUAAUUAAAAUAACAUCACAAUCUACAUAUUACAGCCAAGUGUGAAUUAUUAGCAUAUUUGACAAAAUGUACAAAGUACAACUACUUAAUGAACAACUUAUUAAAAGAGUGUUCAUUUGAUUCAAUCAAACUUGUAAGUAUUUUUACUAAUGUAAAGAGAAUCAUUCCAAUUACACCCUACUUUACCACCACUCCACUAUUAUAGUAUCACUGUUAAUUUGCUAUUUAUUUCAAUGUUAAGUUUUGAAUAACGACUUUGAAUUUGUUAAUUUUAAUUGUUCUUUAAUUGAUGUGACCAUUUGGAUUACCAAGAUUAAAUAUUUUG